UUCUUGAGAAAUUGAAUCAAUAUCGAAAAAUUAUUGAAAGUGAUGAUGAUAACGAAAUUAUACCAAUAACUCGUAAGGUUAUUCAACUCUUUUUCUACCGAUUUAAAGCUCAUCCGAUUGUUCCAACACAUAAAUUUUACAAUAAUGGUGAAGAAAUAAAUCCCUUGUUUAUGGAAAGUGCAGGUACAAAGUCCAAAGACAUGAAAAAGUUAGAAGUAGAAAUUUGUUAUUUUCCUGUAAUUGCAAUUUUAGAUUCCAUUGAUAAUAAUUCAGACAAUGUUUUUUCCAAAGCUCUGAUAAUUCCCAAGUCUAAAAGCAACAAUACUUUAUUAGAAACUUCCAAUGUUAGUUCAUCUGAAUAG